AUGGACGAGCAGCGGCCACUGCCUCCGCUGGAGGAGUUGUAUACUCAGGUGUCAAAAGACGCAUUUGGGAACAACGAACGGCUUGGUGCAGUUGCGACUGCAGCUGCGACCGCAGCGGAAGCCUUUGUCUCGGUUGCGGCCCCGGUCCGUCAGCAGCGAGAGGACACCAAUGCCACCAAGCCUGUCGUGGAGCACCGAACGUCUUUAAACGUGCCUACUGAGGGUCUUAGACUAACACUGCGUAUUAGUGUUCUCGCAUCUGGCCCUGUGAAAGGUGCCAUGAAAGCGGAACCGACUGCGUUCCCUAUGUUCGGCCGUUUCGAUAUUACUCGAACACAUUUCCUACUAAGGUAUAUUCAUGUUCCACUCUGCUCAAUAUGCAGUGUAACUAACACCAGUAGCGGAAGUACUUGCGUUCCUCAGUCGGAUCGACAGAGUGUGGACCAUCGUACUAUGAUGUCCACCGAAACACGAACAGAGAAGUCGCCAGUCAGCAGGAUUUAUGCAGACCAGCCUUCUAGUGACACCUUAAGAACGUAUGAGGCUCACGCCAGCGCAUCCAUGGAGGAACACCGAUGGAGCGUGUCCGAUAUGGGCUGCGCUUCAGAUGCCGCCAUCCUAAGAGACAGUGGUGCUGAACGUGGCUCACCCAUUACGUAUGAGGUUAUCGAUGAUGGGAACAGCACUCUCCCAUCCGAAACUGGCGUAAAUGCAGGCUGGGGACCCCCGCUUAGCGCAAUCGCACUCCCGAACUCGUAUAUGCCCGAGGACAACUCGACAGGGGAUCAUACGACAGAUGCAUGGUACUCGAUGCCGUGGGCUACGGAACCAUACUCGUGGGAGACGUUGCCCGCAUCUUUCUGGGGUUGGACCUGGUCUCAAGCCGACAAUCUGACCGCGUCCGAGACCGACGGUUUCUCCCAUUCGUCUAUUCCUGCACCGCAGGCGGCAGGGUGGUCCUUUGGAGGCGAGGCUGAACAGCCUCAGUAUCCGACUAGAAGCGGAAUCAUGCACUUCUGGGGAGACGGCUCCCAAGGGCUCUACCAUCCAAGUCCCUCUUUUGAUGCACCGGACCCCAUUCCCUCGUCCAAUGCACUCGGGCUCUCUUCUAUACUAGAAACUGUGCCACCGAGCUUUCCGAGAUUCCCUCAUGUGCAGCAUGUCGAGGAAGCCAGCUUGGCGCUCCCGACUGAGUCUCCAAUGCUAAUACCUCCCUGGGAUCCAUUGGCGCCUGUUUCCGCAGCAUUGCCCAAGACGGACUUCCACCGCCACAGAUUGCAUCAACAACCAUCUCCACCUGUCCCUGGGACUGAAGUCAGCCCGUUCGAUAACAUUGGUGCCAACAGACAGGAGUCAUCGUGUCAUGUCACGAUGCCGGAAGACCAGGUCGAGCAUCGUCACUCGACCUAGGUGUGUGGCUUCAAUGCUCACAAAAAAACUGGAACCAUUUGCGUAGUAGGAAUGCGGAAGUUUGCAUGCCUGGACGUGAUUGAAUUAUGAUAAAAUGUCGUUCAUGAUAGGUUGGUGCUUUUCUACACACGGUCCCAAGAUCAUAUUGUACCUAAUAUUACUGUAAUAUGUCAAUGAAGGAAUAGAG